AUGGCUUUGAGCAAAACUGAAGUCAACCUGAGAAGGUUACUUGCAACUGCGCCCCAACAGCAAAAUCAAGUGAAGCUCAUACAUUAUGUUGCUACACUGCGGGAGCAAUUGGAGCAAUCGGCAGAGGAGAAGACUGCUGAAGGAUUGCCCAGGGUUUCAAAAGCUCAGUUGAAUGAAUAUUCAGAGAAAAUUGAAGGUAUUGCAGCCAAAAUAAGUAACACUGAGUCCACUAAGCAAGUUUCUCAGGAUCGUUCUUUAGAGACUUCUGACACGCAAAUCCUCUCCAGACCUGAAGGAGAAAGUGUUCACUCUCCUAGAGGAUUGAGGCAGAGACUAGUGCCUCCAACCGAAGAUAGAUCUAAUGAUACCGUCAAAGUCGACAAUAAAGUGAAGUCUGUCAAAUUGGAUUCUGCAGCACACACUCAUAUUGAGAAGCACAGAAAGCUUCGAGACAAUUUGACUGAUGAAAUGGUUGGUUUGGCACGACAACUUAAAGAGAGCACCUUGAUGAUGAGUCAAUCGAUACAAAACACAGGGAGAAUACUUGAAUCAACAGAGAUAGCAGUCGAGCAGAGCUUGGUGAGCACUGGACAUGCCAACACUCGGGCAAUGGAGGCAUACUCGCAGAGUUUCAAGACAUCGUGUGCCACAUGGCUUGCGGUUUUUGUAAUGAUUUGUAUCUUUAUCAUGGUUGUACUGCUCAUCCGCAUUACUUGA